AUGGAUCGCCUCCCAGUCGAGCUCAUCUCUGUUAUUAUACGAGGCUUACAGCAAUCGAAUGUCAGCGAUGGACCCUUGGACCGCCUGACAGAAACGACACAAGAAGGGGUAGAUGGUUGGCUGAUUCACACUGUCGCUUCACGCCGUGAUAUAUGCAACUUUCGACUCGUCAGUCGCAAAUUCUACAACAGCAGCUUCCCUUCCUUUGGCGAGACACUGGGAGACAGGGUCUUUCGUAUCACUCAAACCGGUUUAGAGGACUUGUUCGCAAUUGCUAGCACGACGAGCUUGCGACCUCAUGUUCGAAAACUCACGCUCGGAACUUUUCGAUCUGACGAAGUUACCAUCGUGCGAGACCUUCUUAAGUCGCUGCCCGAGCCGCACAGGACCAGACUUCGUGCCUCUUAUACGGACGAUUAUCGGUGGCAUCGAAGUCACCGUGCGAGCCUUCAAACCCAGGACCUAGCACAGCUCUUGCGAAGAUUAUCAAACUUGCGAAACGUGCGCAUCCUUCUACUUGACAGUUGGGAUAUGAUCAAUUAUCUCGGGGAGUGGCUUGACCCCGGUAUAGUAGCGAUCGUUGCCAGGGAGCUCCCUAAGAGUACAUCAACGCUCUCAGUCACCGAUGACAACUACAAGUUAAGGACUACUGAUCUCCUGACCUGUCUUGCUCCAGUGUUCGAUGCUCUGAAGUCUACAAAGACUGUCUUGCAGGACUUGGGAUUUGGGCUGAACAACGCCCCGGCACCAAACGAGCUCUUCAGGACGCUCGACAAGAUCAACAUCGCAUCGAGUCUACGCCAUCUACGACUGCCUAUGAACCCUGCCCAUCUCAUGGAAAGUGGAAGCUUUUACUACAGCUGCUUGAUUGAUACUUUCCAAGCUCUCAGCGACAUAACGCAUCUUACGCUGUCGAUGGUGCAAGUCACUGACUUCGAGUAUUGCGCAGAUGCCAUGGACCAUUUCCUAGACCUUCUCAGACCUAUGGGGCACUUGCAGUAUCUAACCAUACGAGGCACCUGGUGGUACUCAGAAGACCAGCUUCUCGAUUUUGUUGCCUCACGCGGUGCUGAACUCAUACUGCUCUCUUUGAAAGAUCCCGUCAUGCAUGCUGGCAGUUGGAGUUCCACGGUUUCGCGCCUUGCGCAUUUGCAGCCUGGCAAUCUGCGGUAUUUCGAAGCAUGUGCCAUGAGCACGAGCAAUCUGAGUGGCAGGGAUUUGACAGAUCCCAUUGAAGAUCUUGAUUGGAAAGAGCUUUUGACAGCUGUUGAAAAGCCUGUGGAGCAAUGGGCAACGUGUUCGGUGUAUCUGAGUUGCAGUCAUCACAAAUACUUCUUCGAGCCGGUGGAUAGAUGA